AUGCUGUGUGUAUUGGCUCUAGGAGUCGCCUAUCUGGCGCUCAGCACGGCAUUGCCCUCUCGAAGACAGGAUGGAUGGCCAUAUGCUCCUUUUGCCACGAGUGGGAGAGACAUAGUCAACAGCCAGGGCGAAGUAGUCACUUAUGCCGGGGUCAACUGGAAUGGACACGGUGAGACCAUGCUUCCAGAAGGCCUCCAAUAUCAAUCGAUCGAGAGCACCGUCACAAAGAUCAAAAGCACUGGCAUGAAUGUCAUACGUCUGACUUACGCCAUAGAGAUGAUCGAUGACAUCUACGACAACGGCCCAAACCAGUCGCUGGAGUCAACUUUGAUCAACGCUUUGGGAUCUCAGAACGGCAGUACAGUUUUGCAGCAGGUUUUGGCCAACAAUCCCCAAUUCACAGCGGGUACUACCCGACUAGAAGUCUUCGAUGCGGUGGCCGCAGAGUGUAACACUCAGCAGAUAUACGUCCAUCUCGACAAUCACAUGUCGAAGGCAGAAUGGUGCUGCAGUGUCGGCGAUGCCAAUGCAUGGUUUGGAGAUACUGACUUCAACAUCCAAAACUGGAGGCGUGGACUGGCAUAUAUGGCCGAUCAUGCAAAGUCGUGGCCAGCGUACGUCAGUACUGCACUUCGCAAUGAACUGCGUGACCCUGGGCCGAAUUCUCCAGUGCAGGCAAACUAUGGAUGGCAAGACUGGUAUCCGAACGUGGUGGCGGCUGCCGACGGCAUCAAUGCUGCAAAUGCGGAUCCGUUGAUCUUCUUCUCUGGCCUGAACUUCGAUACAGAUCUUCGCAAUGUCACGCGUGGGAUCGAUCUAGGCGGAGGUCAGAUCUUCGACAUCGGAUCCUUCUCCUACUCCAACAAGAUCGUCUUCGAACUCCACAACUACAACAACAACUACAACGGCUCUUGUGCAGACUUCGGAUCGGGACUCUACAAUAACGGAUGGGAUGCAAUGGACAACAGUUCGACCACGACGGCAAAGAACAUUGCGCCGGUAGUGAUGACAGAAUUUGGAUUUCCACAAGACGAUACGACGGACCAGAAUCCAUAUCCGAAUUGUAUCAAGGAGUACUUGACAGGUAUUCGAGCAGGUUGGAUGCAAUGGGUCAUUUCAGGCAGCUACUACACUCGACAAGGCACUCAAGACUACGAGGAGACUUGGGGAUUGCUGAAUCACGACUGGUCCGAUUGGAGGUCGCAAGCUGCUAUCGACGGCUUCACGAAGCCCUUCGUUGAGGCUACACUCAGUUGA